CUUGGGUUGCUGUACGUGGCGCUUGCGCAGUCCAAAUCGGGCCGAAAUGCAUAUCGGUUAGUCACAGCGUUGUUGUUUCGUUGUUAGCAAAAGUAACUUAUUGUAUUUCAAUGGCCAACAGAACUGUUAAAGAUGCUAACAGUAUACACGGGACCAACCCACAGUAUUUGGUGGAGAAAAUCAUCAGGACUCGAAUAUACGAGUCAAAGUACUGGAAGGAGGAGUGCUUCGGUCUCACCGCUGAGCUGGUUGUAGAUAAAGCCAUGGAGUUGAAGUAUGUUGGUGGAGUGUUUGGAGGAAACAUCAAGCCCACUCCCUUCCUCUGCCUCACUCUGAAGAUGCUGCAGAUUCAACCCGAAAAAGACAUCAUCGUUGAGUUCAUUAAAAAUGAGGAUUUCAAAUAUGUUCGUCUACUGGGAGCGAUGUACAUGAGGUUAACUGGCACUGCUGUUGAUUGCUACAAAUACUUGGAGCCACUGUACAACGAUUACAGAAAGGUCAAGAGUCAGAACAGAAACGGAGAGUUUGAACUGAUGCAUGUUGACGAGUUCAUUGAUGAGCUCCUUCACGCAGAGAGGAUGUGUGACAUCAUUCUUCCUCGGCUUCAGAAGAGACACGUUCUCGAGGAGGCUGAGAUGUUAGACACACGUAUCAGCGCUCUGGAGGAGGAUCUGGACGAGGUAGAGAGCAGUGAUGAAGAAGAAGAGGACGAAGAGAAGCCAGAGAGACUCCAGACCCCUGAACCCCACAGACGUCGUGAAAGUUACCGUGACGACCGACCACGUCGCUCUCCUUCACCACGUUACAGACGCAGUCGCUCCCCAAGACGGAGGAGCCGAUCUCCAAAGAGGCGAACCCCAUCGCCCCGGAGAGACCGCCAUCGCAGCAAGAGCCCCCGCCGCCACCGCAGCCGCUCCAGAGACCGCCGCCACCGCUCCAAAUCCCCUGGUCACCACAGAAGCCACAGACACCGCAGCCACUCAAAGUCCCCAGAGAGGAGUUCAAAAAAGAGUCACAAGAAGAGUCGAAGAGGAAAUGAGUGACGUUUCUUUUAUUGUUAUAUCUUCCCUUUUUAUUUUUUACCUCCAAACUGACAGAGAACUUGCCUCUAAAGGAUGGAAUUUUAGUGUUUUAAUUUAAAUUCUAAAUGUUGGAUAACUCGUCUUUAAGAUAUAAGCCCUCAAGCCUCAGCAGUGUGUAUGGAGACUAUGUUUUUACUCAAUUCAUCUUCUGCCUCCUUCUGUGUUUCACGUUAUCUGAGAGAGAUCAAUCUAAUGAUUAUCCCUGAUCAUUUACAGCCGUCAUUGAUAUCUUUUGGAUUUGUGUAAAUACUGAAAAUGUGUUUCUGUAUUUUAAGAACAUUAAGAAAUAAAGACCCUGAUUCAUUAA